AGAACACGUAAAAUACGCGGAGGAAAACUAAUCAAUUGAUUUCUCCCCUUCUUUAAAAUCCUUUCAAGCACCUUCUUCUUCUUCUUCUUAUAACAAUUCUCUGGAUCGGCACAAAACUUCUUGCAAUUAUUCAAUUGAUUCUCCCUUCAAGUGAAAAAAAAGAAUAAUUAAUGGGGAAAGACAAGCCAGCCGAGAGCGAUGAAAAGGGGCUGUUUUCUAAUAUCGCCGGAUUCGCCAUGGGCAACGCCGCCCAUCACUUCCCGGGACAUCACGGCGGCGGCGGCGCUUACCCUCCUCCAGGGUACCCGCCUGCCGGAGUAUACCCCCCGGGAGGAUAUCCUCCUCCUCCUCCUCCUGGUGCUGGGUACCCUCCCGCCGGUUAUCCGCCGCCCGGAGCGUAUCCUCCCCAGGGUGGACAUCAUGGUUACCCUCCUGCUGGCUACCCGGGCCCAUCAGCUUCACAUCACGGGCCACAUGGAUCGAAUAUGGGAUCAAUGUUAGCCGGAGGUGCAGCGGCAGCCGCGGCGGUCAUGGGAGCUCACGCCCUAUCACAUGGUCAUCACGGGCCACCUCACCAUGGCGGCGGUUACUAUGGCCAGCACCAUGGCGGCGGUUACUACGGCCACCACCAUGGCAAAAUCAAGCAUGGCAAAUUCAAGCAUGGAAAGAUGAAGCAUGGCAAGUUUGGAAAGCACAAAGGGAUGAAGCUCUUCAAGAAAUGGAAGUGAUAUAUUCAUAUAUAUAUAUAUAUAUAUAUAUAUAUAUAUAUAUAUAUAUAUAUAUAUAUAUAUAUACACUAUAUAUAUGUUCUUCCCUGGCUAACAAAUUAAACUCUAUACAUAUAUGAUCUUUGCAUGGAUGGGAGAUACAUUGUCCUUUCAAUUUCAUUUUGGCUUUAGUUCUAAUUCCAAAGCUUUUGGAAGAAAUGUCUUCCUAGCUACUACUUACUCUGUGCAACAAAAUACCCCCUCCCUCGUAAAGUUUCUUGAGUUUAUAUUAAAAAGUCAAAAUAAAGGUAAUUAAAAUUC